AUGACCAGCAGCCCUGCACCAGGCUCACGUCUUGUCGACUACUUUUUUAUUGCUGGAAUCAAGGACCAUCAAAUACUAUCAACCUAUCAUUCAACCAGGGACGGGAGGCAGGACGAUGACUUGUACUAUCAUCGGCAACAGAUCGCCAUUCAACCGAAUAACAACAGCCGUCCACCCAACAACUUGCAACGGGAUGGGUCGUUUGGUGUUCUCGAUCACGUCCAAGCUGUCAUUGACCACUUUGAUAAGGAACGCGACCAUGCGAGGAAUACUGUCAUUGCUGUCCACGAUCAAGAGUGCUUGGCGGAGAAAUAUAAUAUGGCAGGAGGUCCAGGAGGUCGCCACCGAUCCGCUUCUGCUAACGAGUCGUCUCGAAAACCCGUUACUGCAGGAAAACGACAACGGCAAUAUUCUGAACCACCACCAGCAUGGAUGAAAUCAUCAGAGAAUCAUACUUCAACAACAACAACAACAACAUCAUUAUCAGCACCACAAUCCAUCCCGAAUAUACUCGACAUUAAAUACCCACCUGCCAUCUUAUCACGCUAUCCUAAUGUCCAUCAACCUUCUUUUCCACCUUAUACGGCCAUGUUUUGUUUUCCAAAGGACAUUUCCUUGUUUUAUGGUGACAUCCCGCCUCCAGAGCAAUUGCAUUCCUUUACCAUGACGGAUGAAAAUGGUGGAUCAGUUCAUGGUACAUGCGUCAUAUUCUAUGAACCCCUUGUCGACAAGUUGGUAUCGCCAGUGGAUGAUGCUAUCCAAGAAUGGGUCAAAGAGAACAUGCCACCCAGCACGAUUGAAUAUGCUCAACAUUUGAAGAUCAAAAUCAACGAGGAGAAAGCAAAGCUUGCACAACAUGGCGCUGAGUUGGCAUCCUUGACGACGCUUACAACCACGGCUGCGAUCAAAGAACAACGACAGGAACUUGAAGAAUUGGUACGCAGCGCACAAGAAAACUUGACAUUGUACACCGAAUUAUUGGAGCCUGUCAAGAUGGGUGUGUGCGAAGCUCGGCAUGUAUGGGUUCCUAAAAGCGUCGGAUUGGUUGGAUGUAUGCCUUGGCAUGACUUGUAUGGAGACUGGUUACGUAUCUUGGUGGAUGCCGUUGUAGGCGUACGUGGACACAAGAAUGAUGGCCCUGUGUUAAAAGUGGAAAGUGUGGUUUCCAAUAUCAUUCAUCAUGUACCAUUACCUCCACCUGGGCGAUUCGAAAUAGGCCUCACGAUCAAUAAUCGGCCUUUGUAUUUAUCACGCCCGCCAAUCAAUCAAUUUUCACUCUACCCUGUGUUUCGAGCAUUAUCCCCGCAUUUGAUCUUGGCUAUCAUCGAGACUCUUUUAGCUGAAGGAAAGGUGCUAUUCCUCUCUCAAUAUCCUGGCAUGCUGUCCAUUGCCUGUGAGACAUUUCGUUAUUUGUUGUUUCCAUUGUAUUGGCAGUUUGUUUUUAUUCCAGUCUUACCACAGCGGCUCUUGACAUGCUUGCAGGCGCCUGUUCCUUAUAUCGUUGGAUUCCCUGGUGAUAUGGAGGAUGUGGAAGAAUAUGUUUCUGAAGAUACUUGCAUUGUCAACCUUGACAGCAAUUCCAUGCACAGCCAUAAGCAAUCAUCCAUGCUACCCGAGAGACAGCGUCGUAAGCUAUAUGCAGCAUUAGAUCAGUAUGCACCUCUUCAUGGCGCAAGAUAUCGUAUCCCUUAUGGAAUUCCACUCCCUGUGCGUGAAAUGUUUCCAAAUAGCCGAAUGCUCCUUUCUUGUGGUCGAUCCAAGAUUCAAAGCACCUAUGAUAACAGCAUAUCACGUGACUCUGAUGUGAGCGAUACGACGCGUCAUUUAUCGAGUUUAUGGUCAACGAGUUCAAGAAGCUCCAACGAUUCUUCCACGUCAUUGCCUACUUCGCUUGAUGUUCCAACGCCCAUGUUGCCUCAAUACCCAGGCAAUGCAAAGCUGGCCACUCUUUCACAGGCUUCCAAUUCAUCAUCAUCGCUGCAUACACCGCCUAUGAGUCCAACGGUCUCCAAGAGUCGCCUACAAAGAUCUUCAAUGACUGUUCAAAGACAUGGAUCUACCUCUUCGCAACCCCAUACGACCAGUAAAGCUCAUGGAGAAGAAGAUAACAAACCCAAACGUCGAUUAUCCACCUUCAUACCCAAACCACGUGCAGCUUUACAGAAUGAAUCCGAUUUUCCACCACCUCCACCACCUCCUGCAGCAUCUUCUACUGCUCGUGUAUCCAUGUAUUCCUCUCAUGCUCAGAACGGCUAUGAAUACAAUCGACGUGAAGCGAUAAGACGAGUGAAGCACAUUGAAGGCCAUAUCAUGACCCAAGUCUUGUCACGCGAAUUAGCAAGUCUUCAAGGCUACCGAUGUCUAUGUGGAAAACAGGUAGCGGAUGUGGUUCAAGCCGAUGAUCGGCCUCGUCAAAGCAGCACGUUUAUGCGUUGCCAAGAAUGUCAUCUUGUCACCCAUGAAGAAUGUGCAGAACAAAUCCUUCAUCCAUGCCUUCCAGCAUGUUUCAACGAACGCAAAGUGCAAGAGGCGUUUUUACGUACAUUUGCUUCGCUCUUUUACAACUACAGAAUUGGUUUUGUGGAUGAUCCUCAAGAAGUGAAUGGGCCAGCACUUGCAUCUACAGGCGAUUAUUCCACCAAGUUGCAAAAAGGUGUCCUGUACUUUUCCAAAGAGAAAUUCUUAAAGCAUGCAGAUAAGGAUAGUCGUUCUUAUCUCUCGCAGCUAGUCGACUCGCAGAUGUUUACUCAGUUUAUCACGGAUCGAUUGUCGAAGCCAAGGAAUGACCCUGAAGUCCUUUUAUUUGAUGAGUUUAUCAAACUCAAGUUGAAUCGAUCCAAGCUUAAAUUUGUCAAGGAAGAUACACCUUUUCUCAAUGACGAUUCCUUUAAUAUCUCACAAACAAUUUGGGCUACACCUCCAAGUGAUACUUCGGUCGAAUCUUACGAUCGAUUUCCGAUAGAUUUGGAGUUAUCCGAAUGA